AUGCCCUUGACCGUUACAUUACCGCUUCUCUGCGCGCUAGGUGCGCGUAUUGCUUUCACGCUACUCAACCCUCCGCUUACCGCUCCCUCGUCCAACGAUGAGCUGAUUGACUCUGCUGUCCAAGGAGCCUUUCAGGGAGUUCUUCUGCAAUAUGUUGCCUCGGACCAUCCUGAUUUUGCUCCUGCACUUGCGUUCGCGUGCGCGGCACGAGCUGCCAUGGCUGCCUAUUUUUCGGACGGACCAGCAGACAUUCAAGCACUUGGAGUUGCUGGGAUCGCCGCUGUAGUAGGAUUUUCCCUGACCCAUCUGUUAUCUCAAGCUGCGGAGGAGUGGAACGGUGUAGAGCUUGAUGAAGACCUAUCAAACGAUCGGCGACACUCCCGACGUCGUGACCGAGAAUUGGCAAGGGAAGCACGGAAGGAACACAUGCGCGCUCGUCUUCGCGAAAUUAAUGCGAGAGAGCGCGAGCGUUCGCCCUCUCCUUCUGUCCGUUCUCGCUCUCUGGAACGUAUCCAACCGCGUCGGACCUUUAUUUCACGUGCGCGCUCUGUCUCACCACGUACCGAACAUACUGCUGCGAUACCUCCUACACUUAUUACCGAAACGACAUCAACAACCUGGACCAUGGAGCAGAUGGGUUAUACUGGAUUGGGCCGGCUCCUCGAUCUCGAACUUGCAAAUUUGCGCAAGAAAGCUGCAUCCGCCGAAGCAGACCGCCGGAGAUGCAAGGAAGAAAAGAAAUGGGCUAUCGCCCAGGGUGACACUUCACGAGCGAAACAACUUGCUUGGCAGGUGAAGAGAUACGCCGCAAUGGCGGAAAGCUACACUCGCGAAGCAGAUCGCAAGAUAAUUGAGGCAACACGAGUGAAUCAUCCUGGCCGGUUAUCGGCUGCAGCUGCUCCUGAGGCGUCGACUCCGACGCAAGAUAACCCUUAUACGGGCCUUGAAUUUGACUCUGUGCCACCGGCGAAUGGGCUGCAGCCGCAAAAUGGAAACGGAGAGAUCCCUUAUCCCGAUUACAUGAAUCAACUGCGGAAAGACAAGGGAAAGGCUCCCAUGCGAUCUUCAGCACCACCAAAUGCAAACGGAUUCGGUUUUGACAGCGGCUGGCAGACAAGCAAGGCAUAUGCUUGAUCUUUCACAUUCUGUACAGCAGACAACGCUCUUUCGGCGAUCUUCUAGAGAAUUUUGGACCCUUGCCCUCUCCUCCUUUUUUCCAAGUCCUCAAAUUUGUCGGAUUGCCAGCCGUAGUGAUUUCUCAUCUAUUCACCGCGGAUUUCUUUUAUUUUGUUUCCACUCACAUCCGUUCAUUUGCGACACCUGCAUUGCUACUAAUUUAUGCCCAUGCCAAUAUCUCAUAUUUUUUCUCAACUCCUGGCACUAGAGGACGGAAGAAUUCACAUGCGGAUGUAUAUACA